UUUCUUUCUGUACAGAAAUAUAAUAAUAAAGCAUUUUAAAAACAAGUUUUUAUUUAUUUGACAUGAAACUUCUUUAGAUGAAUGGUGAUUCCGUGUCAACAGAAGAGCAAAUUCUUUCCCCCAAGUCCAAGUGCUCUAUACAGGUUCCUGAAAACUUGCUUUCUCCCCCGACCUCACGCUCUAAUUCACCUGUAGAAGAAAUGCCUUUCUCAAGAGAGGGUAAAGAUUCUGGUAAAGAGAAGGAAGAUGGAAUCAACCAGGAUUCAGUUGAGAAAAAAGAUGUUCCAGAGGAUCCAGUUGGGAAUGAUGGUGAUGAUGGUGAAGGGUUGAAGUUAGACGCUGUUGACAUGAAGAAACAGGAGCAGCAAAUUGCAGAAGAUAACAAAAUUAGAGAUGAGGCUGUAUCUCAGAUAUCAGAAAUGAAUAAAGACCGAAGAUACGACCAGCUCAUGCAUUUGCUAGAAAAAAGUUCAAUAUACACAGGCUUCUUAUUAGAUAGGUUAAAGGCAGAGGAGGCUGUGAAAGCUAAGCAAGAGGAGAAAGUGAAGAAGCAGGUGGAGAAGAGUGCUACUAGCACUAGGGGAAGAAGAAAUAGCAAGCGCAAAAAGACAACUGUCUCUGAUGUUAUUGAUAAACAGGAGCUGCUCAAAAGACAGCGCAUUAACGAGCAGGGUGAUAGUGUAGGGACAAGUAGUCAAGAGACGGAGAGAAAGGAGGAAGUGGCGAAACUACUUCAACCAGCUCUGAUCACAGGAGCAGUCCUGAGGGAUUAUCAGCUCUAUGGUGUCAACUGGAUCACAUCCCUCUACGAGAACGGAAUGAACGGGAUACUGGCCGAUGAGAUGGGACUUGGAAAAACUAUUCAAACUAUAGGUUUACUAGCUAGUCUAAUCGAGCGUGGGGUUUCUGGUCCUUAUCUCGUUGUUGCACCCCUCUCUACCCUAUCUAACUGGAAAAGAGAGUUCGAUAACUUCGCUCCAUCAAUACCAACCGUCCUAUUCCAUGCUUCUAAGACUGAGCGACCAAAACUUUACAAGCACAUUAAGAAACAGUAUGACGUGCGGAUCGAAGCACAACAAAAUAGCAACAAAACUUAUCCAGUGGUCAUCACCAGUUAUGAAAUGAUCUCUUUGGAAUACAGUUUCCUUUCCAACUUUCAGUGGAGGUUUAUCAUCGUGGACGAGGGACACAAGAUCAAGAACAUAAACUGCACCCUGAUAAAACAUCUGAAAGGUCUGCACUCUGAUAACAGACUCCUACUUACAGGAACCCCACUACAGAAUAACCUCUCAGAGUUAUGGUCUCUUCUUAACUUCAUCUUACCGAGUGUUUUCGACGAUCUCAAUGCUUUUCAGAUGUGGUUUGACUUCUCUGCUCUUUCGGAAGACGGCGGUAAAGAAAAGAUAAUCGCAAAUGAAAAAGAGGGUCAGGUUUUAUCAAAGCUUCACCAGAUUCUGAGUCCGUUUCUCCUGAGGAGACUGAAGACAGACGUAGAGCUGAAGAUACCUCCCAAAGUAGAAGUGCACGUGUACGCCACCAUGACGGCGCUGCAGGAGAAGUAUUACAAGGCUAUUCUGGAGAAGAAGAUAUUCGAACUGAUCACUGAGGAGAGUGGAGUAAAAGAGGUGUUGGAGAAGAAUGAGAGGGGGUUGAGGAAAAAGAAGCAGGUUAAUUACGAUGAAGACAUGGAGGAUGUGAAUGAUGCUAACGGGUUUGUAGACCCCUCCCAGUGGAGCUCUAUUGGGGUUAAAGAGGAUAUCUAUAAAGCGUUCAGUGGUUCUAAAGCGCUGUCACAGGGCAGGAAGAAUGUGAUAACUUCAGCUCUGAAGAUGAUGUGGGUUCAGCUGAAGAAGUGUUGUAAUCACCCUUAUCUUAUCAAGUACCCGUGUGAUGCUGAUGGAUAUGCGGUGAUUACAGACGAGGUCCUGAACUGCAGUGGUAAAAUGUUACUACUUCACAGAAUGUUACCUGCACUUAUUAACGGCGGUCAUAAGGUACUAAUAUUCUCCACUAUGACUACAAUACUCGAUAUAAUUGAGGAUUAUCUCUCUCUCUACGAUUGGAAAUACUCUCGACUAGAUGGGUCAAUGUCUUAUGAUCUGCGAGAUGAGAACAUACACCGGUUCCAGAACGACCCCCAGUACAAGAUAUUCCUCCUCUCUACUCGAGCUGGCGGUCUUGGUCUUAACCUGAUGGCUGCUGACACUGUUAUUCUUUACGACAGUGACUGGAACCCUCAAUGUGACCUACAAGCCCAAGACAGGGCACACAGGAUAGGACAGAAGAACAAGGUGAUGGUUUACAGGUUGCUAGCUAAGAAUACCAUGGAUCAGAAGAUUGUAGAGAGAGGGAUUAGUAAGAGGUUCCUAGAGAAGAUGGUUAUACACAAAGGUAAGUUCAAGUCCCACGCUGGUAAAGGUCCUGAUAAUGUAUCAGAGGAGGAUCUCAAGGAACUCUUCGACUCUGAAGCUCUUGACGCUCUUAAUACAGAACACCGCCCAGAGGAUAUUCUCUCAGACCAGGAUUUAGCAGCCCUAGUUGACAGAGAUAAUGAGCUACCAAAGAGUAAAGCGUAUACUAUAGUUGAGAAUGUCGCUACUGAAAAAUACUAAAACACUUUCUGUUUUUUAGAUUUUAUCAAAUGAUAAUUGAGAUACUUUCUAUUUUCUAGAUUGUAUCACUAAAUAUUACUUAAUUCUACAAAUUCGUCAAUUUAAUUGUAAAUUAUCAGUGAGACCCUCGUCAAUUAGUUAAUACAAUAAAUUGGGAUUACAUUUUAUUACAACCGACCCUAUUUAUAAUCUGUUGAUAUUAUAAAAUUUGCCUGUGUGACCCUACAGGAUUUUAACUUUAUUUCUGUUAAAUUAUAAUCGCAAUUUUCUUAAUUCCAUUUUGCAAUUCUGCACGCAUAUUACAGAAUGUAGGGCUAACUAGAGUCAAUAAUUGGAGUCAUGAAAGUGUCCCCUAAACUUAGUCGAACAUAUUGUUUAAUUUGAUAAUUUGUUGCACAUAAUACUCCACUAUAUUAGAGUAGGCGGUCUCUGUAGUUUGGAUCCUGUUAUUAUGCCUUAAUAGGUAUUAUGUUUAGUAAGCUUGGUUAAGCUAUUUAUCUAAAACCAUGUGAGUUGGCAGAUUUUUGUUUAAGUUUGAUUUCAACAGUUUUCAACCUUGGAGUGGUAUAAAAUUGGUUACGCUCAAAUUUUCAAUCGGGCCAAAUUUGUGAUUCAGUCAAAAGCUACUUUGGUUAAGAUAGCAAAUCAUUGCAGCGUAACCAAUUGUUAAUUUGGAGAGUAUUAUACAAUUUAUUGCUUGUCAUUUUGUAAAUUAUACAUUUUCAUUUCUAAUCUAACACUUUUCCCAAUAAAA